CGCGCCGAGGAGGAGAAGAGCAGCAGAUAUGGCUGACUACAGCAGCGUGGCUCCCCCGUCCUCUAACGCCGGUGGCGGAAUGAACGACGCUUUUAAAGACGCUUUACAGCGAGCAAGACAGGUGAGAAGACCUAUGGAUGAAUUAAGUAUCGCAGCGAAGAUCGGUGGCGAUGGCGUUGCGGCACCCCCAUCAAACGAAUUUGGCUACGGGGGCCAGAAAAGGCCCCUGGAGGACGCUGGUGGGUAUUUUCCCAUGCCUAACCUGAAUAUCGACCAACCAGAGACGAAGAAAGUGGCAACUAAUGAUGCCUUUUCAGGAAUGGGAGGAAUGGGUGGCCCCCCAAGGUCAAUUUCAGAGGAAUUCAAGGUUCCAGAUGGAAUGGUUGGAUUCAUUAUUGGAAGAGGAGGUGAACAGAUAUCUCGCCUGCAGCAGGAGUCUGGAUGUAAAAUACAGAUUGCACCUGACAGUGGAGGAAUGCCUGACAGGUCGGUGACAUUAACAGGAGGGCCAGAAUCCAUCCAGGCUGCAAAGAGGUUACUAACAGAAAUAGUUGAGAAGGGGCGUCCGGCUCCAGCAUUCAACCACAAUGAUGGCCCGGGAAUGACUGUCCAGGAGAUUAUGGUCCCUGCCUCGAAAGCCGGACUCGUCAUUGGCAAGGGAGGAGAAACCAUCAAAAGCCUUCAGGAAAGAGCUGGAGUGAAGAUGGUCAUGAUCCAAGACGGACCCCAAAACACAGGUGCAGACAAGCCACUCCGUAUUUCCGGAGAACCUUUUAAAGUUCAGCAAGCCAAAGAGAUGGUGAUGGAGCUGAUCAGAGAUCAAGGCUUCAGGGAGCAGAGGGGCGAAUAUGGUUCACGAGUUGGAGGAGGCGGUGGAGGAGGAGACAGCUUAGAUGUUCCCGUCCCUCGGUUUGCAGUGGGAAUUGUUAUUGGCAGAAAUGGAGAGAUGAUCAAGAAAAUACAGAAUGACACUGGUGUCCGGAUUCAGUUUAAACCAGAUGACGGCAGCACACCAGACAGGAUAGCACAGAUCAUGGGCCCCCCUGACCAGGCUCAGCAUGCGGCAGAAAUUAUCUCUGAUCUUCUGAGGAGCGUCCAGGCCGGUGGGCCUCCAGGACAUGGCGGUGGAAGAGGUCGUGGUCGUGGGCAGGGGAACUGGAACAUGGGCCCCCCUGGUGGCCUGCAGGAGUUUACCUUCACUGUCCCAACCAUGAAGACUGGCCUCAUCAUUGGAAAAGGUGGUGAGACAAUCAAGGGCAUCAGCCAGCAAUCUGGAGCCAGAAUCGAGCUGCAGAGGAACCCUCCACCCAACGCAGAUCCCAACAUCAAAAUGUUCACAGUUCGGGGCUCUCCUCAACAGAUCGACUAUGCCCGGCAGCUGGUAGAGGAGAAAAUUGGGGGACCCGUCACUCCAAUGGGUGGCCCGCACGGUCCCCCUGGUCCACAUGGAGGGCCAGGCCCACAUGGUCCUCCUGGACCACCGGGACCCCCUGGUGCUCCCAUGGGUCCAUACAACCCUGGACCAUACAACCAGGGACCUCCAGGACCACACGGUCCACCAGCGCCUUACCAGCCUCAGGGAUGGGGCAACGGCUACCCACACUGGCAACAGGGACAACCUGAUCCAAAUAAAGCAGCAGCUGAUGCCAACGCAGCAGCGUGGGCAGCCUACUACGCUCAGUACAGCCAGCAGCCACAGGCUCCCAUGACCCCGACAAGUGGGGCUCCAGGCACGACUCAAACCAACGGCCAAGGUGACCCACAGGCUGCAGGUCAGAGUGGACAGGCAGAUUACUCCAAGGCCUGGGAGGAAUAUUACAAGAAAAUGGGUCAACAGAGUCAACAACCUCAGGACUACACAAAAGCAUGGGAGGAGUAUUACAAGAAACAAGGUCAAGCGGCCCCUCAGGCCACAGCAGCAGCAGCCGCCUCCCAGCCAGGAGGCCAGCCAGAUUACAGCGCUGCCUGGGCUGAGUACUACCGUCAGCAGGCUGCCUAUUACGGCACAGGCAACCCUCAGACGAUGGGUGCAGCACCACAAGCCCCUCAGGGCCAGUAAUGUGAAGUGGACAUAAAGUAAAUGCUACAUUGUCGAAACAAAAUCCUUUGUUAAAUGUUUGGAUGCAGACGCCUUGAUGAAGAUCUUAAAUUUCCUUGGUUUGAAAGUGUUUCACAUAGAUGGCAGAUUACCCGGCGAACACGUCCUCUUCUUUUUUUUUUUUUUUUUUGUUGUUUUUUCCUUUUUCUUGUAAAUGCUUUGUUUUUAGUGAGGUAAUUAUACAUAUGGUCAUUCCAGCCCUGUAUCUACAUUAAAUGUGGUUAGAACUCAUGUUUAUUAAGCUGUAGACAUUACCAUGUAAAUCAUCUCAGUUUUAAAAUGCUCUUGCCUGUUGUGUUUUUGCAAUAAAACAAACUGAAACCUCCUGUGUUGGUAAGUUGGGGUGGUUCAAACAAAAGAGUUAAAAGGAAUUUCUGUAUGUUUUUGUUUUGGGGGGGGGGGGCAAAGUUUGAAAUGUAGGCCAUGUGUGGGGGGUUAAAUUGUCCAAAAUGGUUGACUCAAAGUUGUGCUGUCCUGUCUCUCUCCAACUGUCUAUAAGUCUCUUAGAUACAUAAUGUGCGUGCAAUGAUCCUGAGUGGUUCAGACCAACAAACGUCCUUGUUAAUAGACCUUUUUUUGACUCUUGUGUUUCCUGACAUUGCUCUGACUAAAGCGUUAGACAGAUGUUUGUCACAAGAAAGUCGAUAGGUUUAAUGUACCGUAACUCAUGCAUUAACUGCGUUGCUGUGGCACUCCUUUUUUUAAAAUAUUGCCUGGUUUUCUGACAUUGUUGAGGUAGUAUGCACUGUAUUUUGCCUUGAUAUAGACACUUCCUCCUCCACAGGCAAGGUUAGAAAAGCGGUAAGCAAGUAUUUUUCCAUAACAUGUUCCUCAGAAAACGUGGUUGCAAGAAUGUUGCCUAUUUUUAGUGUUAUAUAUAUUCUUUUUGUGCUGUUCUUUUUCCAGGACAGUCAGGUAAAUUGCCACUGUAUCGUAAAAUGCAUUGAAAAAGUUUUGUCUUGCCCUUUUCAAAUUGCGAACUAACUCAAAUGUAUAAAUUUGUUUUUUCAAAAGAAUGUUUUUUUAAUAUAAAAACAUUGCAAAAAUCGCUUUUUUUGCUGUCCCCAUUCUGUUAGUGUUUAUCCAAAAUAAGAACAUAGAUGUUGUAGGGUCGGGGGUGGCUAAGCAGUCUUCAUCCAUCAGUUGAGCCCUCGUAUACUGUAAGUACAAAACUGUGACUGACUUGAGAGAUAAACGCCUUUUUUUUGAUGAUUUAUAAGCUGCAAACAUAGUUUUUUUGUGAAUUAUUGCAAUUUCCCCCAUGUCUCUGGGUAAGUAUCAAAUGUUCUGAGGAGAGGAAUAGUACGUUAGAUUCUUGUACCACAUGUUUCUGAGACUUAUCUCCCCUUGUGUGACUCCACAUCAUUCACUUUGAAACUUCACAGUAUGCUGAUACUCUGUAGAUUGUUAGACUGUGUAGGUAGCAUUUCAGUGCCAGUUGGAUUUCUGAACUGAGGGAUUGAAUGUCCGCUUUCUGUUACACUGUCGGUAGGAACUGUUUUUAAGGAUGCCCAUGUGGAUUUAUUGCGUUCUGAAUACCUGACCUGCCAAGUGCCAUUGUCUAGUUGAGACUAUCAUGUUUUUAAAAUGCCAUUUAUUGCAACAUAUUGCUUAGUAAAAAAAAGUCCUACUGCAUAACUCGAGUGUAGCAUGCUUAGGUUUCUGCUGUUAUUACUUUACUGUCCUAUAUGAGCAUGUGGAAUGCUAGUAGUGGAAGUGCUUCUGAUUAGCCCAGUAUUGACUAUGACAUCUUCUGAAUGAGCACUGUUGUGAAAGGCUGUUAAUUUCAAGCGUUGUUCACUGAUGGCAAACAGUGCAAUAUAUCUGAUCUUUGCAGUGUCGUCCCAGACCUUGCACCUUAGGUUCUGCUGCAAUAACACAGGUAAGCGCAACCUAAGGAAACCAGUGUUUUUGUCCAGUGACAUGACCGAUUUACAUGCAAAGAAAUGCUUACCUGUGUCUUUAACAUGCCUCAAUGCAUUUAUGCUUAGUCGUUAAAGAAAUGUCCAGGAUAUCUUAAGUAUGAACAGCCGUUUAAGAUGAUCUGCUUUCAUGAAUGAACUGCAUGAUAUGAGCUGUAUGACUUGUUACAUGAAGUUUCAAAAAAAGAAGUGACAGAAAAAGUUGUUGCAUAGGCUCACUGAGGAAAUGUUACUGUCGUUAUGUGCUUAAUAUUUGAUGAUAGCCUUAUCUUUUGCACCCCGGUAAGUCUGACAGCGAUUGUGUAUCAAUGCUCUAGACAACUUUGACAGUGGUAUAUCAAAAUGCAUGCCAUGCAAACCUGUUGCCAGAAGUUAGCAAUGUGCUCAAGCGCUAGAUCAGAACACGGUGAUAUACAUGAUUUUUUUAUUAUUUCUCUGUCGUGGUGUGAAUCUGCCCUCAAGUGCAGUGCAAAUCUACUAUUGAAACGCUGCUGCCUUCACUUCUCGCUCACAGUGUUGGAGGAUGCUGCAAGCUUAGGUCAUAGAAUCAGGCCCUGUCGUAGUUUGUCCCCAAAAGGAGGAAUCCUUUGAGUCAAUCCCCACUGCUGAACGUAGACCGUUCAAGAGCUCCAGUGAUAAGGUAAAAACAGCAACGCAAUGAAAUUCAAAUUCUGUGAUUGCAAAGUGUUGGUCAGAUACAUGUUUUUCAGCUCGGAUCAACUUGUUUUUUCUUUUUUAAAACCAUGAUGCCAUAGUGUAUUUAGAGUUGAUGGUUUCUUAAUCGCUUAAUUGCCUUCAUCAAUAACCUUUAGUUAAUAGGAAUGUGCUUUAGAAAGUUGGAUGAGGACAGGAUCUGAUGUACUUAUGACAUGCACUGUUAUAUUGACAGUAAAAUUUGGGGGUUAUCAGUUACAAAUCACUUCUCUGUAGUUAACGGGUCACUUAAAUGUUUGAGACUGUGCACUGUACAUGUGAGAUGCUCAGUGUUUCAACACAGAGUUCGUGGGGGUGUAGAAGACAAAACAAGGAGCAUGCCUUAGAGGUAAAAAACAAAAUGGUUUCAUGUGCUGUGUAUAUUAUCAAAUAUAUGGGUUUUUGUUUCUCAAAUCAACUGUUUGACUUUUUGAAAUGUUGCCAUGUUCAUUAAUAAAGUUGUAACAAAUGAA